AUGGGUGAAAUCAAGUUGUGGAAUCAAACAGAGGUGACUGAAUUUGUCCUGUUAGGACUCUCAGAUGAUCCCAAGCUGCAGUUCAUCUUCUUUGUUGUAUUUCUCUUGGUCUACACAGCCACCAUGGUGGGCAAUUUGGGCAUGAUAUUGCUGAUCAAGAUUGAGCCUAGACUCCAUACCCCCAUGUACUUCUUCCUCAGCAGCUUGUCCUUUGUGGACUCAUCUUAUUCCUCUUCAAUCAUUCCAAGGAUGCUGGUAAACCUCUUGGAUGAGAAGAAGGCCAUCUCCUUCAAUGGUUGUGCUGCUCAGUUUUACUUUUUUGGUUCAUUUGUGGGUAUUGAGUGUUUCCUCUUAGCAAUGAUGGCCUAUGAUCGUUAUGUGGACAUCUGUUACCCACUACUGUACUCUGUCAUCAUGUCUGAAAGAAUUUCCCUUUUCUUGGUAGUUACUGCAUUUUUAGGCAGAUUUAGCAAUGCAGCUGUUCACACUGGCAUGACCUUCAAGUUAUCAUUUUGUGGCUCCGACCUGAUUAAUCACUUUUACUGUGAUACACCACCCCACCUAAAACUCUCAUGUUCUGAUACUCAUAUCAUCAUGAUUUUCUCUAGCUUCAUUGUCAUCAGUUGCGAGCUAAUGGUCCUCAUCUCUUACCUUUUUAUCCUUGUCACCAUCUUGAGGAUGCAUUCUGCUGAGGGCAGGAGCAAAGCAUUCUCUACCUGUGCCUCUCACCUCAUGGCUGUCACCAUUUUCUUCGGAACCAUUCUCUUCAUAUAUUCAUGUCCCACCUCCAGUUACUCAAUGCAACAAGACAAGGUGGUGUCUGUAUUUUAUACAGUAGUCAUUCCCAUGUUAAAUCCCCUUAUAUAA